AUGAAAAAUGGGGAAGAACCACCAAAACCCCCAACACCAAAGAGGACGGUGAAUGUAAUAAUUGGGUGUGAGGAGGUUAAUGGAGUAACAUACACGAUAAUAAAAAGAACAACCAAAAUCUCAGUAACCCACGAGAAGCAAAUUCGACAAGUUUUGGAGGGAGAGAGCAUACCAUUUGAUGUUGAGGAUGCAGAUGACUUGUUCAUCCCUCAUAAUAAUGCACUUGUAAUAUCUCUACGUGUUCAUGAUACUAACAUCAAACAAGUUUUGAUUGAUCCAGAUAGCUCUAUAAAUAUUAUAUUACUAAGAGUGGUCAACCAGAUGCAAUCAAUUGACCGUAUGAUACCCAAGGCUCGAUCUUUGUCUGGGUUUGACAAUUCAAGUGUCAUAAUAAAGGAAGAAAUUACGUUAUCUACAUUUGCCAAGGGUGUAGUGAAAGACACAAAAUUCCAAGUAGUGGAUGCAGACAUAGCCUACAACAUAAUUAUUGGAAGGCCGUGGAUUCAUGAUACAGAUGAUGUACCGUCAACUUUACAUCAGGUUAUCAAAUUCCCAUCACAUUGGGGAAUUCGUCAGAUUAUGGAAGAUCAACGAGCAGCAUGA